UCAUCCAACCGUGUUGAAGUCGGUAUAAAAAGGCAGACACAUUGCAUAAUCUAGAACUACUUCCGUCCUUCUCAGUUUUAACAUAAGCCACAACGACUCUGGACUCUAUUUUCAUAAGAAAUGGGAAACAAGGGGGCAAAAUUACAUCCAAAGACCAUAGAGGAGUUACAGAAACACCUGGGAUCGGACCUAACAGACGAGGAUAUUAAGACGUGGUACAAGGACUUCCAGGAAUCUCUGACGCCGGGUAAAGCUCAACUCACCAGGAAAGACUUUAUUGAAGUGUAUGAUAAAAUAUUUUCUGGAGAUGCUCGAGAGUUCGCAGAGCACGUGUUUCGCACGUUCGACACUGACGGAAAUGGAAUGGUGAACUUCCAGGAAUUUGUUGUGGGACUGUUUGUGUCCAGUUCUCAGGAGAUGGACAAAAAACUGGACUGGGCCUUCCGCGUUUAUGAUAUCAACGGAGAUGGAUUUAUCACAAAAGACGAGAUGAGCAAGAUCAUUACGUCUAUCUGUAAGAUGACGACCACCACAGUAAAGUCUGUAGAGGAACUCACCCACGAAAUCUUCUCUGACAUGGACAUAAACAAGGAUGAGCGGAUCAGCCGUGAGGAAUUCCUCCACGGGGCCUCCAAGAACGACUUCGUUAUCAAGCUACUGCAACCCGAUCCCGACUCAUGACAAUCCUUAUUGAAGAUCGCCACAAUGAGUGGUAAUGAUACACGGUGUUUAAAUAAACGCAGCAAAAUAUAAUAUUUACAUACCGUGUACAAAGAAACACUUGUUCUGAACAGCCAAUUAAAGGCACCCAAGUUCGGAGUUAAUAUUUUGUGCCAAUCAUUUGACAUUCUUUUGUAUGUUCCAUUUACUACCGGGAUUAUUUCAAUAGUUCAAUCAUGUGCAAUUGAUUUUCUUUGGAUAGAAAUUUAAAUAAAAAAUUUGUCAUCAAAGGAACUUCCUUGUUUGAAGAUAAAAUUAUUACUUUAUUUUUUACAUCUAGGGAAUAAAUCAUUUGUGUAACAUAAUAUGCAUCAAGUUCCUAGUGUGCGGUUGUGUCUAACUCUAAGAUCUUUUAAAAUUCCUUUUGAUAAACCGGUAAAUACAUAUGUACUGAAUUUUCAUUUAUAGGCAAAAUUCCACGAAGACAAUGCAACCAUUAUGAUUUACCCAAACAAGAGUUCUACAAGUUGUCUUUUAUAUGUUGUAUUGCCAGUACAAACUGGGCAUAUCAUGUUCAAGAGUUGUUAAGACUUAGAUAUCAGCGUUUGGUUCAAUGACUGUGAAAAUUACAUGUUAUUGGUUACUACUAUACUAAAAACAUUAAUAAAGACAAUUUCUUGUAAAUACAAUUUGAAAAAUA